UGACAAUUAGAGGGAAACGUUGCAACCGUAUAUAUUUGAUACGUAGAUGUAGAGACAGAGGUUGGUGGCGGAAUCUUGCCAGGACGCGGUGUACGGUAUUGUCCCUUUAACGCCUGACCUCCAGGAGUUGCCGUUAGCAUCUUACAUUAUCCCGACUGAAGACAAACAAACUGUGGGUACGGACCAUAAUUGGACAAUGAUUGUGGACAAUAAGGUAAUUUGACGAUAAUUUACCUGGCAUUCUUUCGUCAUUGUUGGGGAUGAUAACCUUUUCUUCUCCCAAGGAAAACGUUGUGCCAUUAUGAUGUUUGUGACAGGUUGUGAUAUAACGGUGAUAAUCAUUUUGGAAGUCGGAAAACGUUGGUUUGAGACUAUACUAAUACCUUGAAAAUUUCCAUGGAGGGAUACUAUUAAACUGAAUUUGAUGUUCGGCUAUUUGUCUCUGCAUGUGUAUGUUGGAUAAUGAGGGUGCACUUCCGAUUCUGCGACGAGAGGUUGAAUCGAUGAAGCCAGUCAACACGGAGACGUAUUUCGACGCAGCACAGCCUCUCUCAAGAUACAAAUACGAUUUGACAGAUUACUGUUAAAACAAGAUCAGUGAACACUUAACCCAAAUAAUACCAGAAUGUGCAAAUGUCAUGCUAAUGGUAUCUGAUGGCCAAAAGCUUUUUACCUUUACAGAGCUACAACAUAAAUCAUUCUAAGGAAAUGCACACUACUGAGGCAUAUUAAGUGGUUAAUGCACUAAUUGAGUCGUUGGAGCUACAGGUAUCGAUCGGAUUAGCGAAUUGAAAGGAUACCGCUUUUGAUGGUUAGGUAGCAAUAAUUUCUUUGAACGUGGACCUUAAUACUAUAUGUUGCGUUUGCGAUUCGAUGUCCAAAAUAUUCAGGGAUAACAUAUCGGACAGGAGUAAAUUCGUAUUAACUUCUGAAGAUCUGCCAGAGUGGUCCACAUGCAUGUACAUUGGGAAUAAUAAAUAUACCUUAUAAAUUCAGCGUGAAUUCCGAUUAGAUUUCAAGGCUUUCAGUGGAUUAGAAUUAUCUUUACGGGGUACUGAUCAAUAAGUUUAAUUUGAGGAAUCCUCUACCCUCAGUUUGUUUGUUCUUCGUGUCAGAUCUGUAAAGACACGAGAACAUUUUGAGGUCCCAAUACCCAAAGGAAAGGGAACGCUUCGGGCAUGAGGUAACUUAGUGAAUGACAUCAGAAUAUUACAUUGUACUGUAUAUACCUUGAACUGCUUUCGCUGACGACACAUAUAUAAACGUAUUUUUGUGCAUGAUUGGAAUCGUAUCGUUUGACCUCACAGUCUUGUUCCCGAUAGUUUGAAGGAAUGUCACAUUGGAUAAUCGACUAUACUGGAACAUUUUCUUCCUAUUCUUUGAUUCAUUGGAGAGAAACUCAAAUACACUGAGGUCGCAACUGACAGUUUGGUUCAUUGCACACUGUGUGAUAACACAAACUUAAAGCUGCUGAAUCGAAUAUUUGGGACCAGUGUUCUGAAGAAGUUCUAUGUCCCGAGUUUCCUUUAACUCCUGACUUGAGAUAGUUAUACGAUCUGGAUUACUGUAAUGAUCCAGUGAUCAGAUGGAUCAGUAUACUUUUGCUUAAAGCUGAAUCGUAUGUUAGAGUUUCCCUAAAGGUGAACUUCAUGAAACGUUGACUUGUCAAAAAAUUCAGAGAGCAAUCUGUUAUAUUUAGGAAUCAUCUGAUAACACAAUGUUCAGUCGAAAGGGCAGGAUUGACAUAACCCCUGACGACCCUGUGUUUUACGUCAGGUAUGUUGGGUACCAGCAGACCUUCCGGGCGAGUGGGAAGGGUUGCACGAGGCAACCUGCCCAGAGCCUCUGGGACCAAGCACCAGAGGAACGGAAGAUGAAACGCAUCGCUCUUACCAUCAGUUUAACUGGGAUUUACAUAAAGGACAUGGAUAAUAGGAAAGCGGAUGUUAUAAAGCAUGACAUCAAAGACAUUUCUUACUGCAGUGCCGAUAGGGAGCGCUGCCCGAGGUUAUUUUGCUGGAUUUGUAAAAACAAUGAAAAAGACCGCUUGGAAUGUCAUGUCGUUUUGUGUAGCGCACCCGAAAAGGCGCAAGCUAUUGCUCUAGUGUUGUCGCGGGCGUUCCAGAUUGCUUAUAAGGAGUGGAAACAGUUAAAGUUACGUGUCCUGCGGAUGCAGGGGAGUAAAAAAAGAGCACGAACUCGAAGUGAUCAGACCCCUAACCCGAAGAGCUCCGCAAAGGUUAAGACGCGGACGCAAAGCGCUAGCGCCGCGGAGAAGGGAACAGCGGGUGGUGGCGGGGAAGCGACCCCGGUCGACAGAACGGGGUCCUUGAACAGUUUUGAGAAAGCAUCUAAGCAUAAGGGGGAAAAUGGUAAGGUUGCUGAUACAAAUGGAGAGAAUGGCCAUGAUGUUGUGAACGGGAUAUCAAAAUUGAACAUUGUCGAUGAAGAUGGCGAUGACAAUGUUAUUGGCGACAGCGGGUCGUCCUCAUUUGGCGACACUGAAUCGAUCAUGGACUAUGAUUUUGAGAAUUAUUGUGCGCAGAACCAGAGUGUCGUGGCUAUGAUGAAAGGUGACAAUGUUGCGUCAGAUCUGCCCGGAGUAGCAGAAGUUGGUAGUAUGGGCGAUGAUGAGCCGUCGGGUUUGUUCAAGAUUUAGUUGGUAAUUCGUCCAUGAUACCGUCCAUAUGGACAGAUCUAUCGCAGUUGAUGGUGAUACUUUUGAUUGUGACAUCUAUAUUCAAACAUGGACCCGCAUGAGCGUCCUAUACUGCUGACGUACUGUGAGAUAGGAAAGAUACCUGUCGGCGACUCUAUGUACCUUAAUCUAACCCACUUGGCUCCUUCCUUGGCUCGAUGUGUGUACUAAAAAAGGAUUGUUAAUGCAUGUGAUAAAUCUAUACUUUAAGAGCUUUGACGUAUUCGAAAAUAUUCUAUCCUUGGCCUAUAUUACUGAAGCAAUAAUAAAAUCAGUUCCUUGGGGCACAUUUUCCACACAUGUCUGAUAACAUUUGCCAGAUCCCAAUAUCAUUUGCCUGUGGUGUGGUUGAACGAAAUCACCCAAGAAUCCGUGUGUACCCCACAUUUUCUAUGGUUUUAUGGGGAUUAUCCUUGGCGUAAUUCAAGGGCCUCGAGGACAAAGGACAUAAGUGUCAGUUGUUGACAACAGCAUACAGACAUAAGGACAGUGCAUUGCUAGUCCAAUUAAAGGGCUUAGAGGAUAAAGGGCGCACGAAGUACACUAUGAAUUCAUAGUUCUUAUAAUAGGUGGCGACACUGUCUAUCUGCUGACGUCUUGUCAAUAUUUGGCCUAUGUCCUUCAAUUGUCAUCCUGUUUACAAGGAAUGACUUCUAAAAGCAAAUCUACAGAUACAGGUUAGAUGAAUAUCGCCUUUAUUAACUGCUGCUGGAACGUAGAAAGCAUGGUUUGGUUGUGGGACUGGGCACUGGACCAGGAGCAUAACACAAUACAUAGUUGUUCUUGUGCAUUGUAAAUUGACAAGUUACAUGGUUGUAGAGUAUUAGCCAAUAUUCUUGAAUAAAAUAUCACCAAAGGUGGACUUGUUUUGACUGUGCUAGUACGAAGGUACUAUGAGAGAUUAUUAAAAUCAA